CUCGCAGCUUCCUACAUAACCUUGCAUUCGCUCUUACACCAUCCUCCCUUUCGAAAGCGACACUUCGUUUCAUCGAGCUCAUAUGUCCUCAUCCAGAGGAAUCAGGAAGGACCGCUCCGCAGCGUUCGGCAGCACGUCGUCAGAAGAAUCCCAACUCUGGCAGCAAGUCCGCUCUCAAAUGAAAGUCCUGGAGAAGGCGCAUAGCACGUAUCGUCAUCAGCAAGAAGAGUCAGAAAAGCGCAAGGCAGCCCUCGCGUCCACAGAUGAUUCAGCUGCGGACGCUGAGCGCCAAGCGUUAGCCUCGAUCCUGCUCAAGCUCAAGCAGUCUACGAGCGAGGAGCUCAAUGCGACAGAGGGGGCGAUUGAGAGUCUGGGCAUCCUCACUGCCUUGCGGUCGAGCAGCGAGAACGAGUCGGCGGAGAAUGGCGCUGCUGGCGGGGUCAAACGCAAGAAGAGGAGAGGCGAAGAGUUGAGCCCUUCACCUGUCACUGGGGGCCGGGGCUCUUCACCACAAAGCCGCUCCAACGACACCACCGCCGCGUCCUCGUCGUACGAGGCCACGCCAUCACGACGCGCUGCAGCAGGACCGGGCGUCGCCUCGUCCGGGACGCCCUCAUCGUCAGGCAGCGUCAAAACAGAACGACCUGCGGCGGCAGCACGCAGAAGCACAAUCUCCUCACGGGAUGGGACUGGCCCUUCAACGCACACCAGCGUCGAUCCAGCCCGUGCGCGUCGUGAAGCCCUCUUCUCACAACUCCCCCUCGCCAAAGGCCGAAAAGUCGCCUUCCACCAGCCCUCGAAAAGCUCGAAAUCCGCCGGUGGAUCCGCAGCGGCAGCCCUCGCUGCUCCUGAGGACGACUCAGACACUUGGAUCCUGGCCAUCAUUCUGGAGUGUAUCCAUAACGAUAAGAAUCGCUACGUGGUGCAGGAUGUGGAGAUCGAUGAUGUUACGCAUGUGGCGCCGACUUUCAAUACGACCUUGAAGGCACUGGUACCUCUGCCGGAGAGUGUGGCUACUCUACCUGAGCGAGACUACGCAGUGGGGACGGAGGUGAUGGCUCUCUACCCGGAUACGAGCUGUUUCUAUCGAGCUGUGGUUAAAGGUGGGGGACCGAGGUUGGAGAGCGUGGGGAGGAAGCAGAGGGAGAAGAGAGCGGCUGAUCUGCUCGAGGCCAAGUACCAGAUCGAGUUCGAGGACGACGGCGGCGAUAUCAAGUCGGUGGCCGCCUACCUGGUCGUAGAGCGGCCGUAAGCGCGACAGCGCCCCUACUUUGCAGCCUCAGCCACCCUCAAGGGGCAAAUCGAGUCAUUGCAACACUCCGAGCUCCUUCUCAACAUUGCCUCAGUCAAGUCACGAUACGAUAUACCCAGCAUACGGCCGCGCUAUGCCUUGCUCUGCCAUCGGCAGAACAUCUGCCACUCAUCCUCAUUCUACUUUAUAGCGAAUCACGUUCACCUCUGUACCGUCUUCUGCUCACACACAAUCGCAUCAAUACGCUGUAGAAGGAGCACAUUGAUUGAGAGAGAAG